GCAAAACGUCGUGUGUGAAGGCGUCAUUUCCUUUCCUUUACCAACACUCGCAUCUCAAGCAAAUCCCAGAGAGAGAGAGAGAGAGAGAGAGAGAGAUCAUCCAUGGGGGAUCCCCUGCCCAUGGUGAGCUCUUCCACGGGAGCGAUGAACUCCCUACUCCACAAGCUGACGGCACUGGAGGCUGAGCAUCCCCAGCUCGCCGAAGGCGUGCGGGAGAGGCUCAAGACCCUGAACCAUGCCCUGCACAGAUUUGCCCGGCGGAGGGCGAGGGACGCCCUCACCAACGAGUGGAUGCUGCAAGUCCGGGAGGUGGGCUACGACAUGGAGGACUGGGUGGACGGCUGCCUCAUCGGUCCCUCCAUGCCGGACACCCAUCUUUGGUGCUCCGAUGUGUCGGAGCAAAUCGAAGAAUUCGAGGCCCAGAUCCAGGACGCGGACGAGCGCAGCACAAGGUACGGUCUUCCCAUCAGCACCGAGCCCACUUCUGCACAAGAUGACGAUGGUGAAACCGCCGGCAACGUCGCCGAUGUCGAUCCUGAUCUGCUCCAUGGGGAGGCGCCAUGCCGGCUCGUGGCAAUCAGAGAGCCGAUGAAUGUUCUUGUCAGCCACCUGACGGACGCAGAACAGCGUCGUAAGGUGGUGUGCAUCCUUGGGGCCGGAGGCGUCGGCAAGACAUCUCUUGCCACGGAAGUAUAUCGACAGCUGCAGCUACAAGGGCGGUUCAGCUGCGGGGCUUUCGUGCAUCUUGGCCGGAACCCAUCUGUAAAGACGACUCUAAUCAGCAUACUCAAGCAAGUCAUGCCUGACUGGCACUACGAAAAGGAUUUAUGGAGCGGCUACAACUAUGACGACAUGGGAGCAUGGGACGAGAAGAAUGUCGUCGCCAAACUCUGGGCAUUCUUGAAAACAAAGAGUUAUUUUGUUGUUCUUGAUGACGUGUGGAGCAUACGGACAUGGAAGGUAAUCAGUUGUGCUUUGCCUAAUAAUGACAAGACUGCUGAUAGGAUAUUGAUUACAACUUGCAAGAAGGAUGUAAAGGAAUCAUGUUGCAUACAUCCCACUGAUGCGGUUUAUCAGAUGGAGGGUCUUGGAAACAAGAAUUCCAAAAUAUUAUUUGAUAGUAAAAUUCCUAGUUCAAAAAAACAUUCGCAACUUGAGGGUUCUGAUGAAAUGUUGAAAAUGUGUGGAGGCAUGCCAUUGGCCAUAACUAUUACGGCUGGAUUAUUAUUAAGGAAAUCUGCAUGCUUGCCACUUGAUCAAUAUCAUUCCGAACAACAAGGGAUGAGAAAGAUACUGGAGAUCAGUUAUGAUGAUCUAACACUUCCUGUGAAGUCUUGUUUUCUGUACUUGAGUGCUUUUCCUGAAAAUUAUACCAUCAAGAAAGACCGUUUGAUACGAAGAUGGAUUGCUGAGAGAUUCAUCCCUAAAAAAAAUGAAGAAAGCUUGUGGGAAAUAGGGGAGAGCUACUUCAAUGAGCUUAUCAGUAGGAGAUUGAUUCAACCGGCAUUUGAUGACGAUGAUGAUCACCCAACUGGCUGCACUAUUCAUGAUGAUGUAUUUGAUUUCAUCGAAUCCUUGUCAUCUGAGGAGAACUUUGUUACUGCAGGAGCAAAGUUGAAGAGUGGACUAUUUCCAUGUGACAGCGUUCGGCGAGUCUGCCUUGACUGCGAUGAGGAUGAUGAAGGUGACACCUUGUUCUCCAGCACAUAUUGUACUUUAGAGCAAAAUAGUAGGGACUCAAGUGACGAUGAACAAAACUCAAGUAGCGACAAAGAUGAAGCAACUUCUUUGCACCUAUCUCAAGUCAGAUCCCUUGCAUUUUAUGGGGAUGUUAGAAGGAUCCCUGAUCUUUCAAUCUUCAAAUUUGUACGGGUGCUGGAUCUGACUGAUGGCAAGGGCUUGGAAAAUGAACAGCUCGAAAGCAUUGGACGUUUGUCUCUACUGAGGUACCUGGGACUUGGUGGGACCAAAGUCACAAAGGUGCCUCAACAAAUUAUGAAGCUGGACCACUUGUCUACCUUAGACUUAAGGCAAACUAAGGUGAAAAAAUUACCAGAAUCUGAAGGCUCGAAGUUGGUAUCUUUGCUUGCCAACGGUUUGACAAUACCGAGAGGAAUAGGAGGAAUGGAAAGUUUGGAGGAAUUAUCAACGGUCUGUCUGCGUGGUAAUGCCUUAUUUCAUGAGGAUAUGAUAGGGCUUGUUCACAGGUUAAGAGGGCUGCGGAUGCUUGGGGUAAAAUUCAGUAAUAUUACAGAAGAGGAGGAAGAGGGCUUGAAGUAUUUCCUUGACGAGCUUGGAAGCUCAAACCUGCAGUUUCUUUUUCUUGAUGAAUACCCUCAUCAUCUUCUUGGCUUAUUGCUUGAUGUCUGGACCCACGUGAGGUCAGGUUACCUGCAAAAAUUUGAGCUAAGAAUGGACUGGCUCCAUUUUUUUAGAUACCCCGAAAGAGUUCCACAGACGAUCUCCUUCCUCGAAGACCUCACUCACCUGCAUAUUGGAGUAUUAGUAGUAGAAGCACAAGGUGUCCGUGCCCUCGGGAGCUUGCCUAAAUUAGUCGUCCUAAAGUUAUAUUCGUACAAUAGCCCAAGGUUCUCUGUGAGCAGCAAGGAUGGCUUUCAGUGCCUCAAGGUAUUCUGGUACUGCUGUGAGCAUGGUACCGCGUCCGGGUUGCAGUUUGAAGCAGGAGCCAUGCCGCACCUCCGAAGGCUUCUGCUAGAUAUCAAUGCGUCGGCUACAGAUUUUGUGUCUGGCAUCUGGCAUCUCUCUUGCCUCAUUCAGGUCCGUGGCACCAUCUACUGUGGGAGUACUUCAACAGCUUCAGCUCUGGAAGCCAGCAUCAGAGACCAAGUAUCUGAGAACCCCAACAAACCCUUGCUAGAAUUGAACAGAAAACGUAAAGGGCGCUUGUUACCGCGUCCGGAGCCGCCCCUGGAGGAGUCGGUAGUUGAGAUCCAGGACGAGGAAGAGUGGUACGACCAGAUUGACGAGGCCAAUAGCGCCAACAAGCUGGUGGUGGUUGAAUUCACAGCGAAGUGGUGCGGACCAUCCCGCUUCAUAGCUCCUGUUUUUGCUGAUCUCUCCAGUAAGUUUCCGGAUGUUGUUUUCCUCAAGGUUGACAUUGAUAAAUUGAAGCGUAUUGCCAAGGGAUUCGGAGUUACGGGUGCGCCAGAGUUCUACUUCAUUAGGGGUGGCGAAGUUAAGGGCAGUGUUGAUGGCGCAAAUGUGAGGGAGCUGAAGGCGAAGCUUAUGCAGCAGAUGAAUCAGUAGAUCCGUGGUGUUUAUAGUGAUGAGAAUAUUCUCAUGAAUAACAAGACUCCGAAAGGUACGGUGAAGGUGAAGCUGCUCGGCAUAUAUAUAUGAUCUGCACCCUCCGGCUGCCGUUUCAAUGCCUCUUGGCUGAUAAUUUCGCAGAAUGGCCUCUUUACAUCUCAGUUAUAUUGUACUAUAUAUUUCUUUUACGUGCCACAUGUUUAAUUUGCAGUUGGUAAACACUUCCUUGAUUCAACCUUUAAUUUCUUA